AUGACGACGCGUCUUGGGCGAAAAGAUUUUCAAUCGACCAUCUAACUCAUCUUUUGCAGCAAUCAUUCAGGAGCCAUGUUGCCGAUUGUGCUAUUGGGCUUUGUGGCUGCUCUGGUCUCUGCAACGACGCACAUCGUUGAGUCACCCUGUGAGUUGCUAAAGCGACUGCUCCCGUCGGAGAUCAUAUUGCGAAAUGAAACUCGGUACACAGAGGUGGCAAACAAGAAUUGGGCGACGAAUGCGCGCCGGGCUCCGAGCUGCAUUGUGGUAGCAAACAACACCAGAAGUCUACAAGAGGCGGUCAAGAAUCUCACGCGCAACAGUAUCCAGUUUGCCAUCCGAAGCGGAGGCCACAUGAUCAAACCUGGGGGUUCCAACAUAGACAAUGGCGUGUUGAUCGACUUGUCACGGCUGAAUGAAAUCGAGUAUAAUGCCAUCGGACAAGUGGCUAGAGUUGGCGGCGGAGCACGCUGGGGCGACGUCUACAAAGCACUCGAGCCACACAACGUCACCGUUGUUGGCGGUCGACUAGACGACAUCGGCGUCGGCGGUCUCAUUCUCGGAGGUGGACUCUCCUGGCUUUCAUCAAGACACGGACUUGCCUGCGACAAUGUAGUCAAUUUUGAAGUCAUUCUUGCCAACGGUACACUGAUUAAUGCCAAUGCGACCAGCUCGACCGAUCUCUACAAAGCACUAAAAGGCGGGGGAAACAACUUUGGAGUCGUUACACACUUUACGAUUAGUACGUAUGCCAUCGGAGCGGUCUGGGGCGGCAUUCGAUAUUACGCACCCGAACAAUUUCCCGCACUCAUCUCCGCGUUUUCUCAGUACCAACUUGGCCCGCAAGAUCCAGACGCAAGCAUCAUGAUUCAGGCACCACUUACAAACUCUUCGUUCGGCGUACUUCUCAACAUCGCCUAUUCUCGGCCCUUUGCGGAUCCACCAGCGUUUGAUGUCUUCAAGAGCAUCCCAAUCGCCCUUGACACCACCUCCAUCCGCAGUUACUCGAGCUUGAUUUCAGGUGCCUCCAAUCCUGACAUUACCCAGCUUCCCCGAUGGGACUGGCGCACCGCCACCCUGGCCGCAAACGCGACGCUCUAUACUGAGGUGUACAACAUCACGACCAAGGCGCCUGAACUCCAGUCUCUCAGUCAACUACAGUCUGGCACAUUCGUCUUCAACAUGCAGCCGAUACCUGUCCAGACGGUAAAGGCGGCAAAGGCACUUGGCGGAAACUCUCUUGGCCUGAGUGAAGAGCCGCAAGUAUGGGUGCAGUACCUGAUGGCGUGGUGGCAUGAAGAAGACGACCACAAAGCUUACAGUUUGAGCAAAGCAAUCAUGGAUCGUGUCAAUCAAGCUGCAAACAAAGCCAACGACUCCCUUGAUUAUGUGUUCAUGAACGAUGCAAGUCAAGAUCAGAACGUCAUUUCAAGCUACGGUCGGGACAAUGUCAUCUCAAUGAAGAAGGUACAAGAAAAAUACGAUUCAACCAAGGCGUUUCAGGAACUGGUGCGCGGAGGGUUCAAGCUUCCAUAGAGGGAGAUAGUAGAUGAUUAACAUGCGCCACUAGAAACAGAUAUGACUCACAUUAAGUCCACUUCAACGCGCCUCAAUCUAAGAACCACGUUCUUGUGACUCCAUAGCAGAUAUGCUUUCGAAGUCCCUUCAGACACCACCUCCGGCUCAAAGUGUCGGAAUAACUGCCUGUCUUAGCGCAUGCAUCAUGCUACUACUUUGAAGAACUUAACUCACCUCAAACAACGACUUGCGCAAAAUCAGCAUAGCCAGGACUUUCCCCAAACAUCUGCGAUUACCAUAGCCCCAAGCGAAAUCGUAAGGCAAAACCUUACCCGCCCAGUCUGAGUCUUCAAGGAACCGGCUCGGCCGAAAACCCUCUGCAUCAGGUCCAU